AUGGCAAUGGCGUCGACAAAGAUGAAGAAGAGGCCCAGGUUAUUAUCCCCUUCUUCCUCUACGUCCUCCCUCUCUUCUUCUUCUUCUUCCUCGUCCACUGUAACAGCUGCAGCUUCUUCCUCUUCUUCGCCUUGCUAUCCUUCUUCUUCUUGCUCUUCUUCGUCCCCGUGCUUCUCCUGUGGCACUAAAACCAUCAAUCUUGACAAUACCCAUGAAUCGAGAUUGGAAUUGGAAGCCCAUAAGCAGCAGCAGCAGCAUGAAUUAGUACCCAAAUCCAAACGCCGGAGAAGGACCCGUUCCAGUAGUAAAGCCAAUGUUGAUGCCGAUGACGACAAGAGAGGAACCCUUCCCCUGCUUCCUCAUCCCCCAGGGAGGAGAAGCUCUGUUUUCAGGGGAGUCACCAGGCAUAGAUGGACGGGGAGAUUUGAGGCGCAUCUGUGGGAUAAAAGCUCAUGGAACAACAAGCACAGCAAGAAAGGACGCCAAGGGGCGUACGACGACGAGGAGGCGGCUGCCCGGACGUACGAUCUGGCGGCGUUGAAGUACUGGGGUCCGGCGGCGACCACCCUGAAUUUCCCGGCAGAAGGGUAUUACUCGAAGGAGGUGGAGGAGAUGGAGAAGGUGAGCAGAGAAGAGUACCUGGCGUCGCUCCGGCGCCGGAGCUCCGGCUUCUCGAGAGGCGUUUCGAAGUACCGGGGAGUGGCGCGGCACCACCACAACGGGCGGUGGGAAGCGCGGAUCGGGCGGGUUUUGGGGAACAAGUACCUCUACCUCGGCACUUUCGACACUCAAGAAGAAGCUGCAGAGGCAUACGACUUGGCGGCACUCGAAUACAGAGGAGCCAACGCCGUCACCAACUUCGACGCCGCCAAUUACCUCGACCGCCUCAGGUCCAAGGGACUCAACGUCGACCAAUUCAUCCACCCAUCUCCAUCUCCAGCGGCAGGGUCAGAGGUACCCGCAGCCGGAGAAGUACAACCAUCCCCUGCUCCAUCGCCACUACCUCCCCUGCCGCCGCCGCCGGAGAUGCUCCCGUCGUGCGUCGCCACCACGGGCAACGACGAUGACAGCAUGAUAGCGAUAGAGGAGGAGCUGCUGGAUUUGGAUCGCGGCGACGACGUGCGGCUGAGCGGAUGGAGCUUGACGUCGGCCGGGUGGGCAGGGUUGCUGCCGGAGUUGUUUGACGACGGGGGAGGGUUCCAGUUGGAGGACAUUGACCACUUGGUGUUCGACGCGGAAUUUGUGGAUGACGUGUCAGGGUCGAGUUUGUAA